AUCUACUAUGUACACACCUAUAUAUUCAUGUUUUCUUAAAGGAAACGGGCAGAAACAGAAACCUUCUCUUCCGUCCCAAAUGGUGUGGGACCCCAUUGCCACAUGGGAAAGAAAGAAAUGUUACCAACCGGCGGAGCUUCGAUAUGUGGUGACGGCGGCUGCGAGCGGCUGGAGCAGGCUCUCCGAGAGUGCCACAAGCGACUUCCAGAAGGUCCGGCGAGGCGGUCAGCCUGCCGACACCUGAACCGAUCUCUUGCAGAGUGUCUCGUGGCGACGGCUUGCCCUAGCGAAGCGGAGGCGGUGCGAACCCUCUGCUCCAGCGGCGGAACCGCUCUCAAGAGAUCGCAGUGCGAGCAAGCUAAGUUUUCGCUCUCUUUCUGUCUCUCAUCUCUCCAAUUUUAAAACCCUAUAUCCUUGAAAUCGGUGUAAAAGAAGGGGAAAUCUGUUGGUUGGGAAUUACAUCGGGGAAAUUGAAUUAGUGAGUUUGCGACGAUGAUGAAGCACUCACGUUUUUUAAAAAUUCCUUAGAACAAAUCUUCAAACAUGGCUCAAAUUGAAGGUCAUAUCCUGAGUAUUGGGGAAGAAUAUGAAUCCAUAACCUUCCCGAGGAAAAAAAAUCAAAAUUGUUGAAUAUUCUGAGUGAAAUUCCUUUCGAGUUGCAUACGUUUGUCAUUGGCGACUAUAUCUUUUGGUUUGGUUAGAGAAUAUUUCGUUGAUAUCAAUUGGAAGUCUCAGUAUCAACUCUGAAUUUUGUCCAAAUAAACUACUCCCAUCUCCUUAUUCAUCAAUCUCACCCCUGAUGGCUUUUUGUUUAAUUGGCAAUUGAUCAAUACCUUUUGAAUUAUACCAUUAUUGAGAAUAAUCUUAGAGUUGGAGCUGCUCUUGCUGUUGCUAUUGCAAAUGCUAAUGCUAUGCUUUUCUUGUUCUGCCGAUCCCGAUCCCAAGAUAACUCUAUCGACGGUUGAUUGGAAGCAGACAAAUACUCUUUGUAGAUAUUUGAACUUUUUUUCCUCCAGAAAUAUUUUCAUUGUAAACAAAGGUUUGAUGUUUCAUGAAUAUUAGGUUCUUUAUGCAAAAUUUGGGACCUGGGACAGUAUUGUUCAAGCUACUGGGAAAACUCCCAUCUGGAGUUGGUCUAUCAAUCGUUACAAAACUAUUGUUAUUCGAAUUCGGAUUUUUACACCCCCAAUUUUAUUAAUCUUUCUUGUU